GGCCAUAUUUCACCACGCCUCAUGCCUUUAGCUAAAUUCUUGUGCAUAUGUAUGAAGUAUGACAGUUUAUAUAACGCAUUAAAUCCCUUAGGGGAAAAUAAAGUAAUGGAGAUUGUUUACUACUUAGUCUUAUUUUUAUUUGGAGUUACUUUCGUAAUAUAUGCAUGGAGAUUGUUGAAUUGGGCAUGGUUUAGGCCAAGGAAACUGGAGAAGUGCUUAAGAAAACAGGGUCUCAAAGGGAACUCUUACAAAUUAAUAUUUGGAGACCUCAAAGAGUUGUCCAAAAGUAUACAAGAUGCUAAGUCCAAACCAUUGAAUGUCUCUGAUGAUGACAUUGCACACAGAAUUCUUCCUUAUUUCGUUGAAACAAUCAAGAAAUACGGUAAAAACUGUUUUAUGUGGGUUGGACCGAAGCCUAUGGUAAUUGUAAGGGACCCUAAGGUAAUAAGGGAUGUGUUUACUAAACAUCCUGUCUAUCAAAAGCCAAAAUCAACUCCCCUGACCAGGUUGCUAGCACAAGGAGUUGCAAGCUACGAAGAGGAUAAAUGGGCAAAGCACAGAAAAAUCCUCAAUCCUGCUUUCCAUAUGGAGAAGAUAAAGCAUAUGCUUCCAGCGUUUCAUUUGAGUUGCAGUGAGAUGGUGAGCCAAUGGGAGGAGGCUGUCUCAGUUAAAGGAUUCUGCGAAGUCGAUAUAUGGCCUUUCCUUCAAAGAUUGAGUAGUGAAGCGAUUUCUCGCACAGCCUUUGGGAGCAAUUAUGAAGAAGGGCGAAAGAUAUUUGAGCUUCAAAAGGAACAAGCUGAGCAUGUCAUUGAAGUUUCUCGCACGUUAUAUAUUCCAGGAUGGAGGUUUUUGCCAACUAAGAGAAAUAGAAGGAUGAAGGAGAUUGAAAAAGAAGUUCAAGCAACAAUUAGGGGAAUCAUUGAUAAAAGAGUGAAGGCAAUGAAAGCAGGGGAGGCCAAUACUGGUGACUUAUUAGGCAUAUUGUUGGAAUCCAACUUAAAGGAAAUUGAACAACAUGAUAACAAGGAUUUUGGUAUGACUAUUAAAGAGGUCAUUGAGGAGUGUAAAUUGUUCUAUUUUGCUGGGCAAGAGACCACCUCUGUUUUGCUUGUAUGGACUAUGGUUUUGUUAAGCAGGUAUCCAGACUGGCAAGCUCGUGCUAGAGAAGAGGUUUUGCAAGUGUUUGGUGAUGGCAUGCCAGAAUUUGAGGGACUAAAUCGCUUGAAAAUUGUGACAAUGAUUUUAAACGAGUCCUUAAGGCUAUAUCCACCGGUUGGAGCGCUUAAUCGAAAGAUUACGACCAAUACAAAGCUAGGGGAACUAAGUUUACCAGCUGAAGUGAUGCUUUUAUUGCCAAUAAUUAUAGUGCAUCAUGACAAGGAAGUAUGGGGCAAAGACGCAAAAGAGUUCAAGCCAGAGAGAUUUAGUGAAGGCGUUUCAAAGGCAACAAAGGGCCAAAUGACGUUUUUCCCAUUUGGCGCAGGACCUAGAAUAUGCAUUGGACUAAACUUUGCAAUGAUAGAAGCAAAGAUGGCUUUGGCUAUGAUUCUGCAACACUUCUCCUUCGAGCUAUCUCCUUCUUACACACAUGCUCCGCAGUCUGCAAUAACAAUGCAACCCCAAUACGGAGCUUCUCUUAUAUUGCACAGGUUGUAAGUGUAGGGACUUGCAUGAAUUUCCUUAGUGGAUGAAUAACUAUGUUAAGCAAGCAUAAGUUGAAAUAUUUUGCAGCUCUUGCCUCUGCUUUCUUGCUAUCAUAGGCUAGAUUAUUCGAUUACGUUAUUGUUUAUGUGGAAAACUCCCUUUACGGAUACCAAGGAGAAGUAUGAAUAAGACAAAUAGGACACUGCUCUUCACCUGUAGUAACAACAUCAAUGUUAAAGAAUUUUCCUA